GUUUGAUCGAUUUCAUUUUGUUCGAAUGUAGCAAAGUUGUUUUCUUGAAAUAAUGGAUUCUUUUGACGGCGAUCCGGUCAGGGAAAAGUUUCUCAUGAUGGGAAGAAAGUUUGGCUGGUUUGAUGUGUCUCUGGCAAAGAAAAUUGAGGCGGUAUGUAACAAACGUCAACGCUAAAAUAUAAAGUUUCUUGAAAAUUUGGGAAAUUCUUGCUUGUGGCAAAGCCUGCAUUAUCAUUGUUUUGUCUUUUCUCAGCUUCGUAGAGAAAUCAAACAGAUUAAGGGAGUUCCUGAUAAAAAUAAUAAAACAGAAAUGGACUUAGCUGACGACAAAGAAGAAAAAGACGUUGAUGAAGAAAGUAAGCACUCUUCUAGCAAUGAUGUUGUGGUCAUUCCUGAUGAUGAUGAUGGCACUGAUGUUGAUGACAGUAAUGAAGGUAGUGAACUUAAUGUUGAUGCCAGCAGUGAUAGUGUUGAUAGCCGUAGCAGUAAUGGUAGUGGUAGUUUUGCCAAUAAUGGGAGCAAUGAUGUUGUUAACAUUAAUGAAGUCACUGAUAAUUUUAACAAUACCGGUGAAAGUGGUGAUACUGAAAAUGAUGUUGAUGAUGAUGAUGACGAUGAUAGUGUCAAUACUGAUAACAGUGCUGGAAGUGGUAGUGAUGAUGGUGGAUUUAUCGAUGGCAGCAAUGAAAGUGGAGAUAAUUUUGCCAAUGAUGAUGUUGAUGAGUCUGACUCUAUGGCAAAGUCAUGUGAAUUAAAUCAAGGAUACCUUUCUUUUGGUGAGUGUGGCAUCCAACAUGUUGCUAAUGACAAAGGAGAAACAGAUGAUUGUAAUCCAGCAGUGGAGUUUGAAGCAGUGCACAACACAGAUGGACGUAGCUUCACGGUACACAAUUAUGAAGCAGGCAAUGCAGAACAUCUUAAUAAAGAAACCACAAAUGAAACAGUUUUCCAUAAUGAAUCCCCAUUUAAAGAACUGGCAGUCCACAGUUACAGUGAAGAUCACAGCAGUGAUAAUAUAGCUUUUGAUUAUGGAGGUGGUAACAACAGUAACUAUGAAGGAAUACAGGUAGGUAUUAAGCAAAGGGAUGAGAAAGAUGAAAAAGACAUUGAGACCUCCUCAUUGGUCAAGUCCAUUAACAUAGAUGAUUGCAGUGACUCAUCAACAGCAGAACUAUUUUCAAGGCCAGUAUCUAGGUAAGAGAAUAAAAUUCUUUUAGCAACAUCAUUCUUUCCAGCAACUAUAGUUAGGGUGGUGUUAUAAAAAUGCCAAUAUUUAAACAUUUAGUCUGAUUCAGCAACCUGAGUUAUUUUAAGCUCCUGUUGUUCUUCCUUUUUUAAAAAAAAUAAUAAUUAUAAUAAUUCAGGGCACAAAAAAUUGUUUUGAAUCUUAUUUUGUCAAUUUUUCAACACAUUUUUUCCACAGCAUGACUGAUGGCAGCAAUAAUGAUGAUAACAGUGUUUCUGAUAGCCCUAAUUUACCUCUCAGGUUAGUAAUAAUGAAACCUUCAACCAGGUUAAACAAAAACUCUCCUCUACCAUUUCCUUUGUCCUGUAAAUUGAUAAAAACUGAGAACCCAUAAUUGUCAAAUUACUGGAAAUUGUAGCCUUUAUAGGCAUUGUUUAUUUUAAAGACAUGUGCAUGGAGGCUAAGGCUUUGUUGCGUAGCCUUGUAUUUUUUAUUUAUUAUUAUUAUUAUUUUUUGUGAUUCUAUACAAAAUGUGUGUCAGGGCUGCAGAUAACAGUCGGUCAUCAGUCAUUGGCCAGCCAAGAUUUGCUAGUGUCCGACAAAAUCCAACGUGUGUUCAGAGAUUAUGUGUGGAGAAUUUUUUAUCGUAAAUCAUUUUACAGUUAGGAGAAAUAAAAUCUACCUUGAGUAUAUCUUACUUCGUCUUAGGAUGAUCUCAAAGUAAUGAAACAACAUUGACUUUGAUAAUGAAGUUUUCUUUUGCCUUAGCGUACUACCUCCUCUGUUCUACCCGAUAUAAAGUUCAAUCUUUUUUUUUUUGGUGAUCUCCGACCAAAAUUUGGUUUUGUCUGACCAAGAUGGUAUCUUAGUAGGACAUAUUUCCUUUCAAGAGAAAAAAAAAUUAUUUGCAGCCCUGUGUGUGAUUCUACAAGUGUCAAAUGAAUGUAGUUAACACAAAAGUACUAAUAGAGGAUACUACAGUGUAGUUUACAUCUCCCACUGGAAACAGGACCAUUAUUUUAAGGUAAUGCCUUUAUUUCUCAGUUAUUUUUUAAGACCCUGAGUAUUGAGUAUUGUACUGUGACCUCCCACUCUGCAGUCGAGUGCUCUGCCAACUGAGCUAAUCCUGCUGCAGUCAAAUAUAAUCAAAGCUACAACUACACUUUAAGAUAAAUUAUUUUAAUAGCAAGUACCUGUAUUGUAUCUAAAAGAGUACUUAAUAAUUUAUUAUUAUUUAUUCCUUCACUUUUUGAAAAUUCUUAUCUGUAGUUUAAGUGAAAGACUGUUCAAGAAGUACAACCCAGAGAAAAGUGAAAGUGAUGAUUUUGAGAUGUGUAAGUGAAUUUCACUUGUGUAAUUUUUUUCCAACUGCAUGUAGUCAGUUCCCGGUUUCACCCCUCGCCCUCAGGUUUAAUGUGGCUUUCAUGGUACACCUUUGUUGCUGGGUAUGUAUGUCUUGACUUAGGGUAGUAAAAACCCGUGACCAAGAACCAGGUUUUGAGGCUACACUUCGCCAGUUAGACUCUCCUUACACAAGGCCCUAUUUAGCCUAAAAUUUGAAACAAGGUCUUAUUUUCUGUUUCUAAAAAAAUACUGACUGUACAAUAUGGGAAAGUAAGAUACAUCAACAUUCAGGAUCCUUUUGGACUUUGGAGACAUCUCUCCAACUGCAAUGUAAUGGUAUGCAGUUUUUACAUAAGAAAUGAGCUGAAAACCACUAAAUAUUUUUAGGCUACAAUUUAUUAAUUUUUUUCUUCAGAAAAAAAUAUCCUGUUUAAUAACCUAAAUAAAGCCUAAAUUUGUGCUAAUUACCAUUUGUGUAAGAACCUGACUGUUUAGGCUAACUUGGGAAAAUGGAGGUUCUUUUUAAUAGUCGCGGGUUUUUACAGCACUGAGUCAGAAAUCAAUUUGUCAACAGUAACUGUUUCAAAUCUAGCCUCAAAGUCUUUAUGAUUUAUCCAUAAAGGGAACCUUAAGAUAAAGAGUUCUUCCUCGAAAUUUCUAAUCACUUGUAUUUAGUUUUGCAGAAAAUGAAAACACCUAAAAGACCCAGUUUUUCUGAGGAGGAGAAAAGAGCAGAUUCAAAAAGGUAUUUUUUUUUACUUUUAAUUUAUAAAAAAAGGGCUAAAGGGGUGAUUGAUGGACAAGAUAGCUGAUCUUCUUAAACAAGACAAAAGAUGACACAAAUUCCAGUUCAGCUGAUUUAUCUUAAUCAGAAAAGUCUUUAUUUUUCUUAGAUUGUUUUUUCCAAUCAUUGAUUCCUUUCCUAGUACCAUAACCACAGCUGAAAUCUGAAAAAUAUAUAUAAUUUAUAUUAUACUUUUUUCUGAAAGCAAUUUUUAUCAUAAACUUGGAAUGACUGAUAAAUUUUUCGCAUGAUAUUCGUGUCUUUGUGAAGGGUAGACGUCUCCCCCUUUGCUUGUAACCUCCUCAACAACGUCACUGUUUUACCGUCUUUUCCGUAAAAACUGUACCUUACCGAUAACACUUUUUAUUUACUGAAAAUGUCCUACGGAAAACUCAGGAAAUGGCUCUUCUGAUACCCUAAAUUUAAAAAUUUUCUGGGGAAGAAUGCCCCCAGAACCCCCUAGUUUGGAGUGCCUUCGUAGCUCUAACUUUUCUUUCCAUGCGUACACCUUCAAAAUCUCACGCCACGCCUUGAUUACCACAAUUGGCACCCAACACUUAUUUCAAAACACCAUUCUCCCCUUCCUAUUUCUCCUGAAUUUCCAUCUUUUUUCCCCUCUUUCCCUCUGCCUAGGAAAAACCUGAUGGGGGCUAAGUACUUCCUUAUAUAAGCCAUAUAGGUAUGUGCCGCCCUACAGGGUAGGUUUUUGCGCCAUUUUUUGAUCUGAAAACAGGUAUAGACUUUCCCCAUUUUGGUCUGGAAUUGGUCUAGCUUUCGAGGGAACUACGAGAGUGUAUGAACGUAUUUGUCGUUUCAAUUCCAAAUGAAUAAGAAAGAAAGAGUAAUGUGCGAAGUCGAAAUGGAUUUUAAGACAUCUUUUUGUCGGCGCUCUACUGAUCUAAGUAAUGAUGACAUUAUUUCUGCCUAUGUCAAGUCUGAAAACGGAAAUGGAUUUUAGAAACCAGGUCGGAAUUGACAUUUUUGGGUCUGAAAUAGGGUCGGACUUGGAGAACCGGGGGCCGGCUGCACAACACCCCUACCAACGGUUCCCAGGAGUACCCAGGGGGUGGUGGCUAGCUAAGCUUGAUUGUGAUCUUUUUUUUACCCUUCCCUUGUAUAGUUUAGAGGAAUUCAUCGUCGAUGACGAUGAUGAAGAUCUAGAAGAAGAGGUCUUUGAGGAUCCCGGUUACCAAGAGGAAUUUGAUUUUGUUUCAGAUAAAGAAAAUGAUGAUUGCAUCGAAAUUGCAACGCCAGGUAGGCUACCGUUCUUGAAAAGAACAAAAUCGGUAGAAAGGAUAGCGAAUUUAGUUCUUGACUUGUUAACAAAGUUCCUGGAUAGCCCUACUUUUUUGGUUAAAUGGUGGACAUGAAAAAAAAAUGGUCUAACUAGUAUUAAAGGAUAUUUUUUUACGGGGAUAACACUCCAACAAGCAAGUCCAGUCUUUCAUCUUAGCGAAUUUCAGGAGAGUCUCUAUAGAUUUAAAUUUCUAGAUUUGCGAAAGUUAUUUUUCAUGAAAAUUUUGCGUUUUUUUUUUUACUUGCGACUUCCACCAAAUUUCAAGUUGUAAAUUUCUAGAGCCAUAGUGUCGCCCUAGUUUCUUUAAUAGGAAAUCUUGAUUAUAAAGCUUUUUGUUGGUUGAGUUAUUCGAUCUUUAUCAGCAUGUGAGGCAAACUGUGUUUUCUGUGUUCUUGUUUUGCAGUCACAAGUUACACUCCGUUCAAGACCCCCUCCACUAAUUUCUCUUGGAAAACGCCAAAAUCCACUAAACCUAAAAAGGCCAAUACUGGUAGAAACAGCUCACUUUUUUGUUGUCGUUUGCUUCCAAUUCUGUUCUUUAGUUUGAUUUCUUGCCUUUAAUACUUUUUAAAAUCACAGGAUUUUCGUCAACCAGUCGUUCUCGUCCUAAAAGUGUUUUGGAAGAUCUACUCACACCUUACUCCAGCGAGAAGAAUUUUAAGACGAACAGAGAGCGACUUGCUAAAGAUCUGUUUGAGAUGUACAACACUACGGUGUUUGAUAAUCAGGUAUUACUUACUAAUUUAACCAUGUACGGGAAGCGAUGUAAUCAUUGAUAUCUUCAACUGCACAUGUAUAUAUUUAUUUGCCCUCCCUAGCAGUAGCUUAUUGCUUGUUAUUGGAAACUGGUUACGUUAUUUCAAGUUUUGCACAAGAAUCACUUGUCAGACAAAAAAAGCUUUGGCGAUUUCACGAAACGAAUCAACUAAAGGUAUAAAGGUGGUUUUGAGUGCAAGAUCUUUGAAAGUUGCUCUCCGUGACGAUAGAGAUAUUUUUUUGGAUCAUGUCUGAAAAUAAGUACCCCCCCCACCCCACCCCACCCCACUCCACCCCCUAUUCAGAUGAUGUUCCCUUUGGCUAAAUACUCCCCGUCCGCCACAAACACUUAAAUUUUUUUUCAAUAUUACGCCAGGGGGAGGGGGGCAAUUUAAAGAAGGGCAAAAAACGGUAAAAAGAAGUAGCCUUUCCAACAUUUUUGACGAUUGUCCUAAAAGUUCUUUUUUCACUUUUCUACAGCUGUCAUCAGAUUUUCAGAUCACGUGGAAUAAGAAAAUGCGUAGCACUGCUGGGUUCUGCUACUACAGCAGGUAAACUUUUAGGUUCUAUAUGAACCAUUCUUAACAACGCUAUGGAACGCUAAGAGCUGUUGUUUUCUUAUUUAAACGGCAGGUGCAAACCAUGUUUUUUUUUUAAGCCAUACGCAGAAUUUUUUAAACUAGUGGGGUUUUUUUAUGAAAUAAAGAACGUGACCGUGAAUUCUUAAAAACAACAACAUUAUUUUGAGAACUAAAUUAUCAACGUGCAAGAAAGAGUUUCCAGUUCUUAUUCCAGUUCCAGUUCUCCUCUCCAUCUAUUUUGUCCCUUUUUUGUUUAUUUGGAAGUUCUGCUCAGCCAAAAAUGUCCAAGUAUUUUCUUAAGUCUGUGUUAUUUCUUCAGGAAGAAUGGUCUUCGCAUGUCUAGGAUUGAGCUGGCAGACAAAGUUAUUGACUCGGCAGGUACGUCGGUUUCAGCCAUCUACGGUACAUUAGAAAUGCCACUUCCGUGCCCUGUCGACUCAACAUUUCAGUUUUGUAAGAAACUGACACCUGAAGCAUUUGUAUUUUCAGGUCUCAUUCAGUAUUAAGAUAUUGUUUAGGGUUCAGGGUGGGUGGGUGUGUUACGAUUUAAGAUGAAAGGAAUCGUCAGUCGUGAAUCCCGAGGGACUCAACGAAACUACGACUUCGACGUUAACGGGAACGCCUAAAACGCAAUUGGCUUUAUGAGCAAAACAACAACUCUGCACGUGCAUCACGCUUCUUUGUACAUUUCUUUGCCGUCCCUUCACAACUACGACGUGAAAUGACCAAAUUUUGAGUUGAUUUAAAAACUGGAACGGCAAGGCGAUAAAUUUUACCAUCUCCCCCUGAACUCGGACGCAGUCCCCUCUCUCCAGUUGCAACCAAACUUCGCUACUUUCAAGUAAUUGGGUGACUUGGUAUAAGAGCAAAAACGUUUCAAAGGACAAGCAGUCUAUUUUUCAGCGACGUUUCAUAGGGCGUCGCCGUUGUCAGAUCUUAAGGUCUUUAAUAUCUAGAUAAAUAUUUGACCGAUAGUUUUUCAUUUUCUGUUGGACAGAAUGAAAUUAUCUGUGCCCUCCGCCCCCUUGCCUACUUUCCAAGCCCACGGUAAUAAUUUUUUUUACCGUGUCACAGUACCGCAGCCCAUAAAAAUCGACAAAUGUCCGGGAAGCGGGAGAUGAUCAGGCUUGGAAUUGAUUGAUCCAUGAUACUUUUUUGGUUUUCAUUUCUUUCAGAUCGCUUGCGUGAUACGCUAAUACAUGAGAUGUGUCACGCUGCUUCUUGGAUUAUCAGUGGCGUGAAAGCUGGUCACGGCCCUGUCUGGAAAAAAUGGUGAGUUUCUAAAGUCGGUUUAUUAACUUUUUGUGUAAGUGUGUGUGAAAAAGCACUGUUGACCGGCCAAAGAAAGUUUUGCUCGGUCAAGUCUCCUUUUCUGACCGGACGAAAAAUUGGAAAAAGUCCCCAACUAAUCCUUGCGUAACUUUCUAUUUGUGAACGUGAGAGUACUUUUAUAAAGAGAGAAAAUCUAAGAUCAACAGGUGAGGACCUGGCUGUUUGUUCAAGAAUAAGAGUCUGCGUAACAGGUCAACGUGACCAGCAAGUGGAGCUUUUGGCCAUUCUGACCGGCCGGAUACAGACUGAUGACCUUUGACCUCACUUCUCCCUCUCCUUUAUCUUAGAUGUAAUUAAUAAUGCCUUAAAUAAAGCCUUUCAAUUUCCUUUCGUUACAUUUGUAGGACAACAAGAGCUAAUUUUGUUCAUCAAGACCUGCCGCCUAUAUCUCGUUGUCAUAGCUACACAAUUAAUACCAAGUACACUUACAGAUGUACCAAAUGCUCAAAUACGUAAGUAUUCAACUUGUCCAAUUCUUCCCAUAAUUGGUCAUUUGAAGGUUAAAUCCCUGGAAGAGGUCUUCCCUUUAGAGCGUUGGCGUUAUGUAAAAGGUUUUCAAGGUUUCACGCCAGUGAAGAUGUGUAGCCUGUGACCCCUUGCAGUCCCCCAUUUCCCCGAUAGGCGGGAACAAGCGAAGACAUAAGCACGGAAAUAUUUCCCCGGGGCAGGAACAUUCACUCACUUUCUCUAGGCUAUUUCUCCAAGUCCCCGCCUUUGCCGGGUUGGGGGUGUGGUGGGGUUGGGAGGAAAUUCACAGUGAGUGGUGCAUUACGUGCCGGACUGGGUGUGUCCAGGACGUUAUGAUUGCUCAUUUUAUUGCCCAUUAUUAGGUUUCGCAGGGUACAGGGUCAAAAUUCGUCCCCUCAAAACAGUUCCAUAAUGCAGUUAUAUACGACACCGACCCAAUCUGGUAGGAACCUUGAAAAAUGGUCAAUACUCCCCUUGUAAAAGCACUUACAGAGCAGAUUGUCUUGCGAAGUAGCUCCCUGUUAACAGUUUUAUUUUGCAUUGUUAAGCUCAUUUAUUUUGUUUUGCGUUGUUUUCUUGGUCACGCCCUGUCAAUAACUGCUCACAUUGUUGGUAGCUAUUGUGGAAUUGCCUGCAGUUUAGGGAUUCAUGGACAGUUACUGCAUUUACAUAUUUACAGGGUCAAACAAUCGUUCAUUUUGUGCCAUGGUGUUUUAAUAAACCUGUUCAUUUUAGACUCAUUUUGCCGCUUGGUUUUAGAACACUACAUAAGUUCCAUAGGCUAAGGAACAAUUUUUGGUACAAACCAUUGCUAGUACAUUUUAUUUUUGCGCGAAAAAGCACUCACAAGAUGGUCUUUGUGAACGCCGUGAAAUAGGCUUAGUAACUAAAGAAGUGCACACUCCAAGUUACAGGCUUCCAUUGUCUAUAUGAGAGGGAAAAUUAGCCAUGUGUCUAGUUUUUGUUCAGCUGAUUGAUCCCGUAGUUUGCUUUUACUUUUGUCCGGUUUAAAGAAACUCGCUCCUCGACUCAGCAAUUUAAAUGUGGUGUUCCGCAAGGUUCUAUCUUAGGCUCCUCUUUACUUUGUUCUUUGUAUUAACGAUAUUCCAAAUGCUUCUACGCAAACAGAAACGCUCCUUUUUGCAGAUAUUCUUGCCGAGAUCCCUUGCUGAAAGGGAUUUUAUAGCAUCAAGAUGUAGCAAGAACUAAACCAUCAUCUUUUGUUUUUGUUGAUCAGGUUUGGUCGACACUCCAAAUCCGUGAACUUAGAGAAAAGCAGAUGCGCGUAUUGUCACGGGUACGUCCAUGCUUAUUUUAGUCACUUCCAUAAAGACAUCAUGAGAUUUCAACUCAAAAAUUUGCUUUAGUCUGCUACAAGAUCUUCUAAUUUAUCCAUCCAUUUAUACAUUAAAUCUAACCAGAUAUGUCAACGUAACCGAAAAAAAUAAGGGGAGAAUCUCAGUACUUUUCAGGAUAAAUUUACACAACGAGAACUACCGAUUCAUAUUGUUAGAACGAACUUAGACGGAAAAAUUGAAUUUAACCUAACCUAAAUAGAAGACCCAGUGGAACCACGGUCUUCGUAACCAAAUGACGCUUAGCCGUUGAAAAACGACUUUGAUACAUGAGCAUACAGGUCUCCCACUACUAUUGGUUGAGGAAGCCUUUCGAAGCAUGAAAAUCGGGAAAAGAUAUUCGUGAAGCAAGUAUAUAAUGGCCCUUCUCGUAUUCGUAUACACUUUCUGAGACCCCUUGAAAGUCUUUUCUUUUGCCACUUCGCGUUAUUGCGCUUACUGUUUUCGUUCGUUUUCUCUUUUUUUCCAGCCGCUUAGAACUCGUUCCUCAGGUAAAGAAGGACGGCACACCUCAGACUCGCACACCGAGCCGCUUCGCUCUGUUCGUAAAGGAGAACUUCGCGCGCAUCAAGAAAGGCAAUGAAGCCUUCUCUCACCAGGAUGUCAUGAGGGCAUUGAGUUCCGAAUUCGCCAAACUAAAUACAUAA